AUGUACCAGGUCGCAAGGAACCUUUUUCUGCUCACCCUGAUGGCCGUGCGCGCUCGGACGGAGCGGCGCGACAUUUUGAUAGCGGAGAGUGACGCCCAAAGAGUCGGCGACAAGUUUGUCAGCUUCUCGGUCGACCCUGAAAUGCUCUCGGAACACACCUUCACAAGCUCGGAGCUUGACGAGCUGCACGAGAUGACUCAUCAGUUGGGCCCCGCGUUCCUGCAACUCUCAGGACCGUGGUGCCAGAAGUACCACUUGGAACGCUACGCUCCGGCCAAUUAUUCUGGCCCCGUCGUCUCAGAAUAUUAUGUCAGAAUAGGCGAAACGGUGCAGAUGUUGGCGCAGACAGUUCAGCAGGCUGGAUUCACGCUGGUCGUCUGCCUCAAUCCGACCCUGAGGAACGCCGACGGCACCUGGAACGCGACCGAGGCGCGGGAGAUCCUCGAGAUUCUGCACUUGAUGGAAAUCAAUAUUGCAGUGCAGCUUGGACAUAAAAGAUUAGAGAACGAGCCUGAAGUAAGCGGCUGGCAGAUGGGAGUGGAUUUAGUGGCGCUCUACAACCUGUUGCAAGAAUUUCCGCGAUUUCGAUCGGCGCUUAUAAUUUCGCCCGACAUCUCGCCGUCGCUCAAACUGAAAGACAAAGUGAAAUUCGAUCAAAUCUUCCGCACAGCUGGAUCCAGGAUUGACAACGUCAUUUUACACUCAAGCGACUUUACUCCGGAAUUGGGUCCUGGCAGCGAGAACAUGGGCACAACAAUUGAUUCCGCUUUUACAGAAAUGUCUGUAGAACGGUGGGACAUUUUCAACGAUCUCACCCUGCACAAAGCAGCGAAAAAACCUUUGUGGAUCAGUGAUGCUGGAAAGUGGAAAGGCCGUUUCGUGGACGCGAUGGUGUCAAUUUCCAAACUGGGCCACGCGGCCAAAUCGAACGUGGACGUGGUGCUGCAGAAACCUACCCUCCGGAGCUUCCGCCGGCCGACCGCGGAAUUCUGGGUGUCGGCGCUGCACAAGCGGCUUGUCGGCCAGACCGUGCUGGACGUCAGCUUUGUCGAGCACCGCGAAUUCGGGGAUGAGACGCACCUCUUCGCGCACUGCUCUCCGCAAGGCGGCGUCACGCUUUUUGGAGCCAACUACCGCCCUAAACCCGUCUCGCUGAGGGUGAAAGAUGUUGGGGUGGACACAGAGAUCAACGUCUUCUCCCUCACGCCGAGGAAAAAGAAUAUCUUUUCUCGGAUGGUGUUGUUGAACAGGCAGCGGCCAAAUGUGUCUUCUGAGUGGAUGCAGCCGUUGGUGUUGGCGCCACAGAGCAACGACAGCGUCGUGAUGCUGCACAUGCCAUCGACCUCAAUUGUCUUCUGGCACAUGCCGCACGCACAAUUUGACGCCUGCCUCACGCAUCAAGGAGAAUCGCAGGAGAUUUGGCCUCGAGAUACGAGUUUGGCUCUGAAGGACGAAGAGGAGUUGUUGGAAGAAACGGAAAUGAAGCAAAAUUGCACUGCUCAUGAGCCGAGUUAUUCGACUUUCCUGCGCCGGUUUAUUCGCUUCCUCAAAGCCGAGGACUCUGGGGAGGGAAUCAGGACCAAAAGGGCCGCCCCGGACAGGUUGCAGCCGUAUAAUAACAAAUUUCUUCAGAGGAGCAGUAGAAAACUCAAUCCAGAGAAGAGGCAAAUCGCUGAUUUUUUGAUGGGAGCUGGUGCCAAGUUUCGACAUUGGGCGUGGACCGUAGGCAAGAUAUUCGGCCAUCAGACGAGGAGCCGAAAGGGACGAUUUCAGGCAAGAAAAUCGAUGCCGAAGCGGAUGGUGCAUCACUUGAGCAAAAGUCAGAGAUACGCGGACGCGUGGCCAAAGGUCGCGCCUCUCAGGGCACUCUCAGGACACCGCAUCAUCGGCAGGAAGCUUGACAACCAAAAAUCCGAAAAAUCCACGGAGAUCACCACUAAAAAAGAAUCGGAAGGAGUGGAAAUUGGGCGCGUGAAGAGGCAGGGGGACAACGACCUGUACGAAUUUCAGUUUUUGAACGAGGAAGACCUGAAUAAUUUGCCCGAAUACCAGCCUUCUUCUUUGACCGAAUCGCAAAAAAUGGAGAAACUCCACUCCAUCAACAAGUUCUUUCGGUCGAUGAGCGACAUUUUGUCCUCUAUUCGCCGCAAAGUGGUGUCUGUUUCUGCGCCAAACCUCAAUGUCCUCAAUGCCACUGACACGAAAAACAAUAACUAA